AUGGAGAUCCCCAAAUGUAUCCAACUUCUCAACUUGAAGCUCUAUGAUGGUACUAAAGGUCCUAAAGAGCGUGUUGCGCGAUUUAGGGAGAAGAUAGAAAGAUUUCCUAUUCCCGCGCAUUUGAGGGAAGGAUACUUUUGCAAAGGUUUCGAGUCUACUCUUACGGGUUCCGCUUUGGAAUGGCUGAUCACCCAAGGUAAUAAUGAAUCUCUUGGAAGUUAUCUCGACAGGUUUCUCGAAAAGUCUUUUCCUAUCCUAGAUCUUGAGAUCACUUCGGCAGUACACGCUUUCCAUAUGGGUUUGCAUAGUGAUUCUCCGCUCUAUGAUGAUCUUUCAGAAAAUCCGUGUAGAAGCUUGUUGGAGGCAAGGAUCCGAGGUUCAAGAUAUGCAGAAGAGGAGGAUAGGAUGUGGAUUAAGUCGAAAUCUGCUUAUGAUCAUCCUAAUCGAAAAUUGAAGACCUCAUCUUCCAAAUCUUUUAGGGCUAAACCCUAUUCUAGAUUUGACGACCACAGAGUCGAUGACGUGGAUAAAGAAAAGGAAAACGAGGAAUAUCCUAGGAUAAUUGACUAUCAUUUUUCUGUUGACAUUUCAAGUCUAAUUUUUGCAAUAUAUGAACUUGGGGACAAAGUGAGAUGGCCAAGGGCGAAAAAUAAAAAUCCUAAAUGGAGCGGAAAACCUGAUUGGUGCGCUUUUCACAAGGAUUUUAGCCACAUGACUAAAGAUUCUCUUUCUUUGAGGAAAGAAGUAAUCAUUCUCGUAAGCAAAGUAUACCUCGAUGAGAUCUUGAAUAGAAAUGAGAGCUGA